GUGGUAGAUCGGGACGCGUGGAAUAAAGACACGGAAUUGCAGACUUUUGACGUGUUUCUUCAUUUCUAUCGGUAUCGCUUGUGCUGUGGUGAAUUAAACCUGCCUUUUGCGGUACCUACAACAAUUGUCUGUCUGUCUUGCUGUAUUGUUGGUCUAAUAAAGUUGUGGUGUUGGUGCUAAAUAUUUUCUUCGAGGUGCAGCGUGUAGAAGUCAGCUUGCGAAAACAUAAUUUUCUGUAGGUCAUUUGGAGAGUGUAUGCCGAAUCAGUGCCUGCUGCGAAGACAGAUCAUUCCAUAGAUUGUAAUUCGAAUAUCUUGCGCCAAAAUCGCGGACUACAAACAGGAAAUCAAGUAGCAAACGAAGGCCAAUAAUUCUGCGCGGGCGAUAAAGCUGAAUGCGUGAAACCGCUCGUGAUGUCCGGUCCGGAAUGCUGAGUGUGAAAUGAAUAGCUGAGCGUGUACGGGUGGAGAACUGAACCCUGAGAAUCAAUGAAUUCUGGAACGGCAAGAUAGCAGAUAACGGAACGAUGUCAUCGGAUAGAAUACACAGAGCGGCCAAGGACGGUUUGCUUGAUGUACUCAAAGAAGCCACUCGUUCGGAAGCAAACUCCAAAGAUGUGGAUGGUAUGACCCCGGUGCUAUGGGCAGCUUUCGAAGGACGUUUAGAAGCCCUCAAACUACUAGUCGGACGGGGAGGGGAUCCCGAUAAAUCAGAUCAAUUUGGCAACACGGCUUUGCAUUUAGCUUCCGCCAAAGGGCACAUGCAGUGCGUGGAUUUCCUGGUCCAAUUUGGUGCAAACUUAUAUGCGCUUGAUAUUGAUAAGCACAGUGCAAAAGACUUAGCAGCCAUCAACAAUCGUGAUAAUAUCCUGCGCUAUCUGGAUGCGGCUGCAGGCAAUCUGGAAGUGAUUGAUAAGAAAAAAGUUCGAAACCUAAAAGAACAAGCGAAAAAGAAGUCUGAAAAGCAAGCACGUGAAUUUGCCAUACGGCAACAGAAAAUUGAUCAAGCAAUCGAGGAUGGCAGCCGAGUUCGACCGCAUCGGCCAUCUAACGUGCUUCAGUUGCUAAAGCACAAAAUAUGGUCUGGGAGCCAGGGUAAUUUAAAAAAUACACAAAAAGAAGCCAAUCAGAAUUCGACCAAAUUCAGUGCACUAGUCGGUGGAACGGUGACUGGAGCUAAAGGUGCAGUAAAGAAACGAGCGGAAGCUACCAAACUUAAGCAACAGUUAGGAAAUGGAGGAUUCAAAAUUGGUGAAGUGGAACCAACGGGAAAACGCAGUGUAAGAUCCAUCCAAGGACUGCAGAGGGAUUCGGAGAUUUUGUACGUGGGUACUUACAGCUCAGAUGAUAACAGUAAAAGAGGACAGCUUAAAGAUGUGUUCGAUGUCGACUCGAAUGGUUACGAAGAAGUGGAUGACGAUGAUAGUGAAAACGGUUGUUCCAAUGUCAACAAGUUUAACACUAUUUCAAGGUCUGUGAGUCAACCAGAUUUUUUGGCUAACCUAAACGACGAUCUUACGAACGACGUUUUAUUGCAAAGCCGACCCAGCAUUUUCAAUAGACCGUCUGGGAAUUUAGCUAUGACCCGAUCAGUAUCAACAGUGCUUGCAAAUCUGGCCAAUGAAAAUUCGGCCAACGAAUCGCCAGAUGGAUCCAUGAAAACAAAAGCCAAACUAGGUCCGAUCAAACCACGCUCGCAGUUAGUCAUCUCGGACUCGGAAAGUGAGCAUGAUAGCUCGGAUAACGAAGAAAACGAAUCGUUGGCAGUGCUGCGGUUCCUGUUUGCGUUCAAACUCGAAGACCACUACCCAAUAUUUCAGAAAAAUGAAAUUGAUAUGGAAACAUUAAUGCUGCUGACUGAAGGUGAUAUAAAAUCCCUGGGAUUGCCGAUCGGUCCACACAGAAGAUUAUGCAACGCAAUUCAGGAACGAAAAGAGGCCCUUGCCAGUCCGGGAACUAUAAUGGACAGCCGGUUGUGAGCGCUACCGUGGUGCGAUUGCAUUUUAAAAACCUGCCUUAAUUAAGAAACUGAACUAGUAGGCAUGUAAAUAGUCAAUUAAAUUAUUGAAAAUUUUA